AUGAAAAAAUCGAGUAUUUUUUCGGAAAAAAAACAAAAACUCGUGUUUACAAAACCUGAGACAGCGAUUUCACGUUGGUCUCGGGCUAGAAAGAGAGCUGCCAAGGUUGGAAAGGGUCUAUCUAAGGAUAGGAAGGCUCGUAAACUUGCUUUGCAGCACUGGCUAGAGGCAAUUGACCCUCGACAUCGCUAUGGCCAUAACCUCCAAUUUUAUUAUGUUCAAUGGCUACACUGUGAUAGUUACCAACUUUUCUUCUAUUGGCUUGAUAUUGGGGGUGGCAGGGAGUUCGGCUCGGAGAGAUGUUCUAGAUCAAAGCUUCAGCAGCAAUGCAUCAAAUAUUUGGGUCCGGAGGAAAGAAAGGAUUAUGAAGUAAUUAUUGAGAAUGAGAGGCUCUUUUACAAACACACAGGGAUUCCAGUUGAAAGUACAAAAGAUGCUAAGUGGAUAUUUGUGCUUAGCACUUCCAAGACUUUGUAUGUUGGUCAAAAAAACAAGGGCACAUUUCAACAUUCAAGCUUCCUAGCAGGCGGAGCCACAUUAUCUGCUGGUAGAUUAGUAGCCGAAGACGGUGUUCUUAAGGUCGUUUGGCCUCACAGUGGACAUUAUCUCCCAACAGAAGAAAAUUUCCAAGAAUUCGUGUCGUUUCUUAAGGAGAAUAAUGUCGACCUUACAGAUGUACAGAAAAACCCAGAAGAAGAUGACGAACCAGGUAAAACGAACCAGGAACAUCAUUUUAGAGGAAAAUCUUCAGAGAAGUUACCAUCUAACAUCGAAACCGAGAGUUCAAGCAGCAUGUUAUCCGAAGAGAAAACCGAGUACAUAAAUGAGGAUCCAUCCGCUGAUUCAAACACCAAUCCACCGUUAUUUAGAUUGUCGAAACGGCUAGGAAGAAAAAUAUCUAGACUCGAAAUACCGAAAAGAGACAACGUGACAGACAUUUUCGAGUCAGUAUUGACAGUUCAUCGUCCAACUAGAAAACUAUAUUCACCAUAUUCAGACUCAGAAUCAUACUGCGGUUACGAGACAGCAGAAGAAUCGCUUAUCCAGGAAGAAGACUUCAUGGUUUCAAAAUCGAACUCGCUUGUUGAGGAUCAAGACAACGAAGAAGAAAAUCCUAUUCCAAAGGAAAAGAUAAUGAAGAGAAUAGAUUCACAUAAAAGAAUGAAAACAUAUCAACUGGCGAAUCAUUUAUCGACGAAAUUGUCAACAGGUGCUGGUCCUAGAAUCGGUUGUAUGCGAAUCAAAUUGAACCUUGACAUCGUUAUGGCCAUAAACUCCAAUUUUAUUAUGUUCAGUGGCUACACUGUGAUAGUUACCAACCUUUCUUCUAUUGGUAAGAUUAGAGUUAAAGAAUUCGGCUUUUUUUGCUUUCAAAAAGGAAAUUCUAACCAAGCUAAUGAAAUUUAA